UACGUCUGAAAUCUGAAUAGUUUAUCAGUGUCACACACACAUUUAACAAUCAACAGUUUCUACUGCUUAUCAUAUUUAGUCUCUUUAGCGCGACAAUUAAUAUUAAAACUUGUUACUUUCAUGAGGUUCAUUUUAUCUAAUUUCUAUACAAGUCUGAUAUGAUACUUUAGAUUUAAAACCAGAAUAAGUCAUUCCGGACCCUGUUUUUUUAAGUUUAUUACUAUGCAGUGCAUUUGCAGGCGUGUAUUUAAACAAAAUAAAAAUUACAAUCGAACCAUUACCACCAGCGUGCCUGAUAUACGAAUAUAUGAGGUUGGACCAAGAGAUGGGCUUCAGAAUGAAACAAAAUUUGUACCAACUGAAGUCAAAAUUGAGCUAAUACAUAAAUUGGCAUCUGCUGGUUUGAAAAAUAUUGAAUCAGCAAGUUUUGUUAGCCCAAAAUGGAUAAAACAGAUGAGUGAUGGUGUACAUGUUAUGACAAAUAUUAAAAAGAUACCAGAUGUUAAUUACCCUGUGUUAGUUCCUAAUUUAAAAGGAUAUGACAUUGCUAAAAAAUGCAAUGUGGAAGAAAUAGCAAUUUUCCCAGCUGGCUCUGAGGCUUUCUCUCAAAAGAAUCUCAACUGUUCGGUCAAGGAAGGACUGGACCGAUUCAGGGCAGUAGCUGAACAGGCUGUGAAGGAUGGUCUUCGGGUCAGAGGCUAUGUCUCAUGUGUAGUAGGAUGCCCUUAUGAGGGACCAAUUAGCCCUACUGCUAUAGCAAAGGUAACAGAAGAGGUUUUAUCCAUGGGAUGCUACGAAGUGUCGUUAGGAGAUACCAUUGGUGUUGGAACAGCAGGGUCAGUUCGGCGACUAAUGAAGGAGGUCCUUCAGGUUGCGAAGCCCGAAAACCUGGCUCUCCACUUUCAUGAUACCUAUGGGCAGGGCCUAUCAAAUUUACUAGCAGGACUUGAGUUUGGCAUCAAAACUGUGGAUUCCUCAAUCUCUGGUUUGGGUGGAUGUCCGUACGCCCGGGGAGCCAGUGGUAACCUUGCAACUGAAGAUCUAGUCUACUUCUUAUAUGGUUUAGGGGUCAAUACGAAUGUUGACCUUGUGAAACUGGUCGAAGCUGGCCGAUACAUUUCUAACUUCCUUGCGAAGCCUACAGAGUCGAAAGUCAAUCGAGCUUUAGGAGACAGAUUCAGCAAUCAUCUAGAUGUUGUCAAAAUUGCUGCUUGUAAAACAUAAAAUAUAUUAAAUGAUUUAUAUGAACAUUUAUAAUAUGUAAAUAACAAGGGAAUUGGCUGAUUGGCUUGAACUGAUUGUACAACUCGGCUCAUAAGUAGGAAGAUGAAACUUAUUCCAUAUGCUACACAUGGCAUGGCGAAUCAUUAGACAGAGUAUUGUGAUAUGUAAAUAUAUUUGCAAAAUAAAAUUACAGAAAAAUCAAGUGUACGUCGGUCAGUUAUGUUUAAAUGUUUUUAUUGUUUAACAAUAAUAUUUUAUAUGCUUUUAUGUUUAUAUCUGUAUUUGCUAUUAUCGCUUUUGAUGAAAAUAAACAAGCACAAAACACAAUAAAAUAUGCAUCACU